UUGCAGACUAAUAAUAUAGUAACAACUUUGUAAGUAAUUAUUAUUCUUUAUAAUUUGUGUUUAAGAAAAUACGCUUGGGCCUAGACCUCUGACUCUUGGCUGAAUAUACCACAUUGGUCAUUCAGUCGUGCAUUACCAGAGAUGAACAGCAGAUGGCAACAUACGCAAUGUUUACUUUCCCCGUCGGACAUAAUAUAUCGUUGCACGGUGUCCCUCAUUCAAAUAUCUCCGAAGUACAAUAUUAGGAAAUCCUAGGUAAACGUGUUGUUGAAUAGAAUGUCAUCCCCGUCGCCACAUGAUCGUAGUCGGAGUGAGGACGAAGAUGAUCCCGUGGACAAAAUGAUAUCGAAAACGGGCUGCGCCGAACUUCACUAUGGUGUUCAGGAAUGCAUGGCUGAGCAUCAGGACUGGCGCAAAUGUCGACCUGAAGUGCAGAACUUUAAAGAUUGCAUGAUGGCCUUCCAGAAAGCACGGAUAGAACAACAGCAAAAGAGUCGAAAUCCAAGCACAGAGACGGCAUAGUCGUGGGGUGUGUUACCAAACUGACCUCAAAAAUGUAUCUUGAUUCUGACACGGAGGAUAUUUUAAAAAGAUUACGAACAAGUACUAUUUUCUUUUCACUGUGGGCUCCAGUGCAAUUGCCAAAAAUCCUGGCCUAUUGUACAUGUCAGAAGGCAUCACAAUAUAUUGUAUAUUUAGAAAUGUUAUUGUGUUAGGGAGACGUAAUUAUGUCGCUCGCGUAAGACCAGUCACCAGUGUACAGAAUCGUAGGGCUUACAAGGAGAUGUAAUAAUGGUGUCAAUAUGUUUGCUUCCAUACUUUUAGUUUUCUUUCAGUUUUGAGCUCAUAUAACCAUACUUCAUAUGUGGCACUCUUGAAAAAGCACAAACUACAGUAGAAACCACAGGUAGUUGCUGGUAAAAGCUUACUUCACUUGUUCAUGCUUGUCGGAACUCUGUCCUUAUGUUUGUGACUACUUUGGCCCACAAGGUUAUUAUGCUGGUGGCUUGUCUGGCACCACCAUCUUUCACAGUCACGUAUGCACUCCAAGCUUAAUUAUAUUCAUAGUGACUUGUAGUGAUAGUUGAGCUCAUGAGUCGUGGCAGGAUAUUCACAGCCAAUAAUCAAGCUUCCACAAUUCAGUAGAGAGAAGAGCAAGGAUGACAUAUUUUCCCUGACAACUUUUAUUUGAUAAAAAAUGGAUCAAAUAUCAAUCUCUAACCCCUUUAAGUUAAUCCAUCUCCAAAUAUGGUUUUCAAAUGACAGGGCUUCCCCUUUGCCAUCAUGGAAUUGGCAUAGCUAUAACAGCCUGUGUGGGUGAACAUCUUCACAUUGUUUAGCCAGUAAAAAAAUAAAUGUAUUCCAAAACACA